GGGUCCUACUUAUCACAGGAAGUGGGUGCAGCCUCUCAGAUAAACCACUUUUUUAGAGACAUCACAUCAGAACAAGAGAUAGAGGAAACAGAGACGGAGAAUCAAGAUGGAUGAGUUCAAACUGAUUAAAAUUUCUUUAUUUCUCGUUCUGCUGCUUCAGUCUACAGCGGCAGUUAAAAGACAGCCUUCCCUCUUCUUCACUGUCAGAGUUGGAGAGGAAGUCACUUUGCCUUGUAGCGGUGUGAGAGAUGAUCAGGACGGAUGUAACGGUACUGACUGGACCUUCAAUCAUUUAGGACCCAGAGAAGUAGAUCAGGUUAAACGUGGGCAGAUUGUUGAAGAAGCAAAAGCUAAAUCAGACAGACUGAGUGUCCCAGAGAAUUGUUCUCUACAGGAGGUCAGAGAGGAGGAUGCUGGUCGUUACAUCUGCACAGAGAUCAGAUCAGGACGACAACAAGGAGAAGACGCUCAUGUUUACCUGACUGUUGUUAGCUUGACUGAACAUCAGGACAAUGAUGAGGUGACGUUACGCUGCUCUGUGUUGAAUAAUGCAUGGUGCAGACACACAGUGAAGUGGCUGUUCCAGGGUCAGGAUGUGGAUAAAGAUCUCAAAGAUAUGAACACAUCAGAAUCUCACUACGAGGCCUCUGUGACAUUUCUGACUUCUCAUGUUGGAUACAGAUCAGGGCUUCAUUUAUUUACUUGUCAACUAACUGAUGAUCACACAGGGGAAGUAUUUCUGUUUCCCUUCAGCACUCCGUCCUCAGGUCUCUUGAGGCUCAUCGUGGUGUCUGUGGGUUUAGCAGCUCUCAUUAUGAUCGUUGUGGCGGUCAACAUAUGGACAAGAAUUAAAGGUGCGUUAUGAUGUAGAUGAUGGUACAGUGAACUGAGAAAACAUCAGACCUCCUGAUGGAGUUUGAGCAACACUUCUGCCUCCAUCAGACUCCACUGAUCAACAACGUCUACAUCCAUCACCGUGUUUCACAUCAGGAAGACUUUAAGAUCAUUGUUUUGUAUGAAGUUAGGUUUAUUUAGCAGCUGGAUUUGAACCUUUUAGCAUUUUACUUUAAUGUUUUACUUUCUUAUAUUGCCUGAAGAUUUCAGAGCUACUUUUAAUAUCUACUGAUUGUUUUUGAAGAUACAGCAGCUUGAGCUCAGUUUAAUAUCUCUGUGUGCUGUGUCUGCUGUGUUGGGAUGUGUUUGAGGGGUCUUCACCCUUAAUGAAGUCAGUAACAGUCCUUUCUUUAUAACAUGUGAUGACCAUAUCAUCUGCAAAUAAAUACAUGUUUAUCUUAGUCUUA